AUGUCGUACGCCCAAGCCGAGCACAGAGUACACGCGCAGUAUUUGGCUCUCCAUCAAACCGGCACCGUGAUACCUGCAAAUUCUGGCAUCGACUCUUUGAACCUGGUCCUGCUUCUUGGGUGGCUACUGGCGUGUCUUUCGAUGUCAGAAUCGAUCUACAGAUGGAGUCGCGUGCCAGUCUUUGCAGGCAUUGUCAUCAGCUCAGCAUGGAACCUCUACCACGUCCGCUCGAUUGGCGUGGUGGGCAGCAUCGGCGUCGGUCUAAACUCUGCGCUCUUUACGAUACUCGCCGUCAACUUCGUGCUUUUGUACGACCCUAGAAAGUUCAAAAGGCUGGUUCUGCGCCCGACUGGCCAAGCCCCAAACACAGCCGAGCCUGUCGACCUGAAAUCAAACCGUACUCCUGGCAGGCUAGACUCGGGUGUUCCUCUCGCCUGGGAGUCUAUGCCGAAAUCGCUGCCACGACGGCUCUUCUGGGUUCUUGACCUCGUUACCAGCAUGCGCGGCAUUCACUGGUCCUGGAAUCCUUCGCCUUCACCACCAUACUCUCAAUCACUCAGGGUCGCACGUUCAGACCGAAGUGCUACAAUCUUCCGUAGCUUGUCGCGGUUCCUCAUUGACUACUUCUUCAUUGACUUGGUCAAAUGUCUCAUGAUCGCAGACCCGUACUUUUUCGGCUCUAACAUGCAAGAGGUCUCACCUCGUCUGCCAGUGUUUGGCACAUCUCCGCUCGCCCUUUCCUCCUACCGCUUGUUACUCGGAUUGACGGGCGCAUACCUCGCCAUCGACCUUCAAUAUACCGCCACGGUCCUAGUACAAGUAAACAUUCUCGGGCCGAGCGUGCUGGGCUUGAAGGCGUCCCCUGUCUUGUUUCCGCCAAUCUGGGGUAGCCCGCGCGCUGUAUUGCGGAAGGGACUGAGGGGCUUCUGGGGAGAAACAUGGCAUCAGAUGUUCAGGAUGCACUUCGCAAGCAUUGGUAACGCUUGUGCGGAUUACCUGCUGCGGCACAAAAGUCCCAAGUCGUCGAAACCGCCAUCAGCCAAGCGCUGGAUCCGGGUUGUGGUUGUCUUCUUGCUCAGUGGGAUAUUGCACGCAUGCGCAAGCUAUACACUUCUAGGGCCGACAAGACCUUGGAGGUCUUUCUUGUUCUUCGCACUUCAGCCGGCGGGUAUGGCGGCUCAGAGUCUCUAUUCUCAACUUUUCAGUCGGUCAUGGCUGGAGCGCAUGCUGGGAAGAGCGGGAACAGUAGUGCGUCAGACUGGGAAUCUGACCUUUACGAUCUUGUGGUUUUGGGCAACUGGUGGUCUGUUGUUGGAGGACUUGAGCAGCGGUGGCAUGUGGAUGUUCGAACCGGUGCCAAUCAGUAUCCUUCGCGGAUUGGGUUUCAGCGAAGACAGGAGAUUUUGGUGCUGGUAG